AUUUUCAUGAGAACCUUGUUUAGAAUUAAGAUAAUCUCGGGCAGUUUCAACGGAAAAUAAUUAUCGGAAAACUCCGGCAAUGAUCGUAACCUGUCGGUCAACGGUCACCAGCCGAAGUCUAUCACUCAUCUUUGAAAAAUCACCCCACUCACCUAGAGUCUAUCAUCGACCUUCACCGCAGAAGGUUCGCUAUCGAAACUCACCGCGAAAUCAACUAAAUUGUACAUCAACAUAAUUUAACCGUACAUCACCUAAUCAACUUGUAAAGACUGUAAUAACCCGCAUUGAAAUUGACCACGCGUUUUAAUAAAUUAACAAAUCGUUGUGUGUGAUAAUUUCCGUGAGUUAAAUUCUUUACACAAUCAACCAGUUUCCCUGAAAUCUCCGGAUCCACCCUACUCAACUGUUCCCUCACCAAACAUAUGGUCCUUCGAGCCGGAUACCGGGAUUAAAUUCAGUGAAACUGCGAAAAUCAACGAAUAAUUAGUGCAAAUCAAGUGAUUCAGCAUAGUGAAAAUCAAAGGAACGCCUCGUUGUGAACGGGUUUCGGGGUUCACACGAGCAAUUCAACGGAUUUUGAGAGUAAUAAAAUCAAGACAAUAGGUGUUUGGGAGCGAAAGCAGACACCCGAAAUCAAAACAACCGCGCUAGGCAAUACACGGUUAAGCCCAAUUCAAGGGCAACGUUAUCUAUCUCUCUCUAAUCCGGGUUACCUUCAACGAAUUAUCGACACCUCAAAUAUCUAUCAAAAUUAAAAUCUGUUUAAUAAUCUCCGGUCGGUAAUUGAGAACAUCAACAUGUCUUCCGAGACAUUGGUUGAUAAAGAAGAUUUGUUCGAGGAUCCAGAGAACCAAGGAAUCAUCCCUGAACUGCUCAUCACCACCGAAAAGGGUAUCAACAAGGAGCAUCAACCAAAGACGAAUACUGGAGCUAUCCCAAAGGACAAACCAGUAUACCCACAUAUCAAAACUCGAGAGAGCUGGGCAGACAUGUCAGCUCCCCUGAGUAAAAAGGAGGAGUUCCAGACGCGACUUCUCCUACGCAAGGUGGACAGCAUCAAGGACAUCAACACGAGCCUGGCCACAUUAGCGAACAACAACGUGUCGCUAACCAUAGAUGAACUCGAGGGCCAGGAGCUGAUAAUCAACACACACUGGAGCGAGUUCCAAAAACUAGAGGAAACGGUAAUCGAAUUUUUACCAAAUGAUCACGAUUUCUUUGCCCACAGCCUCCACGAACUAGCGGAAGAGCUGAAAACAUCGAGCAUAGGGCUCAUAUAUCAACUCAAGGGCCUCACCAAGAGAAGGGAACUCGCCGAGAAAUCAACACCACCUACCCAAUCAUCAAACCAAUCGGGAAAUCAACUGAAGAGGAUCGAACUCAACACAUUCGACGGCAGAUACUCCGACUGGAAAAAUUGGAGUGAUCUGUAUCUCUCGAUGGUGGGGAGUGACCCCAACAUACCAGGAGUGCAGAAGCUGGCUCGCCUCAAGGGCCUGCUGAAAGGGUCAGCAGCAGCACUCAUCUCAACGUUCAGCGUCACUGAAGAGAACUACGAUAAGGCGUGGAGGAAACUCGUAAAGAAAUACGAGGACCCACGACUCAUCGCACAAGCUCUAUUCAAUCGAGUGCUCAACUUGCCGAAAAUCCACAAGGCAUCCUCAGAAAAUCUCACCGCCAAUGCAGCAGCGGCAGUAGAGACGCUGGACCAACUGCCUCAAAUGACGAAACUCACCACAUCGAGACUGCUUGAGCAGAUGAUCAUACACCUGCUACGACAAUCGCUCGACUCCGAGACCCUGAAGAUGUGGGAAUUGAAACUUGGAGAAUGCAGAGACUUCCCGACGCUCGAGGAGUUUACGAACUUCAUCGAGUCAUACGCCAGGGGAAUCAACUCAGGAGACAAGCUCCACUCAACUAGCACAAACAGUUCAACGCCACGAACAACGCCUGUCGCGAGCAGGAGAAGAGUAGCACACGUGGCAUCAACAACAGAGACAUCAACAAAGGCUCCUCCGAGAAAUAACUGUGCCUUCUGCACAGGAAGACACUACAUCGCGAGUUGCGAGAAGUUCAUCGCACUCUCACCAAUCAAACGAGUCGACAUCAUCAUCAGCAAGCGGUUGUGCUUCAACUGCUUGGGGCCACACCUACUGAGCAGGUGCACCUGCCUGAAGAGCUGCUACAAAUGCAAGGCCUUCGGACAGGAAAAACGUCACCAUACUCUACUCCACGGAGGCCACGUGGAUUUAAUGGAAGACGCUGGGCAGCUGACGAAGUUCAACCUGGCAACACCAGCGCCCACACCAGCGGCAGAGGAAUCGACACAUCAAUUAUCGAAAUCAACGGAUUCAACGGCCACUGAGAGGAUUUACGCCCCCCUGAGUCAAGUCGAAGAAUCAACUCAACAGCAGAGAUCAACUGCAACAGUGAACCUCAACAAUCAGCGGAUCAGUGCGCAAGAGAACAUCAGCGAGAAUCAGAAAUCACCAGCCAUCAACAGUAAUCAACGGCACUCAACGCAACCAUCUGUGCUGCUAGCCACGGCGCUAGUAAAAGCAGCAUCACCACGAGGAUAUCUGAUCGACGCCAGGGUGCUAAUCGAUCAAGGCUCAGAAAUAUCGUUCAUCACCGACAAUCUAGUUCAUCAACUCCACCUGAAACGAGCACAUUCAACGCUCGAACUAAUCGGAAUCGGUGGAACACCUUCAGGGACCACGAGAGGAGUGGUGCCAGUCGUGCUGCACUCAACGAUUGGAAAUCAACAAGUUGAAAUCACCGCACACAUCUUGAAGAAACUCACCACACGACUGCCAUCAUUCUCAUGUUCAACGGCGAGGAUCGGCUCACUACAGGAUCUUCAACUAGCCGAUCCAGAUUAUCUAAAGCCUGGACCAAUCGACAUCAUUAUCGGAUCAGACAACUAUGGGCGGAUCAUCAAAGAAAAGGUUAUCAAAUCGACAUCAACUCAACUAGUUGGCCAACAAACAGCAUUUGGUUGGAUAAUAUCAGGUCCAAUCAACUGCCAAGGCUGUUCACCGAGAAUCUCCUUAACUGCAGUACGGAGUUCCGCGAACGAACAGCUACUAGAGCUUCUCCAAAAAUUCUGGGUCCAGGAAGAAAUCAACAAUGCAAUGGAGUGUCAUGAGCUAUCACCAGAGGAUCACCAGUGCGAGAUGCACUUUCAAUCGACGCACUCCAGAGACGAGACCGGGCGCUAUGUUGUGAGGCUCCCCCUGAAAACCUCAGCAACAGCCCUCGGUGACUCGAGGCUCAAAGCAACACGUCAACUACACUCGGUAAUGAGACGCCUACAAAAGGAUGAGGCGUACUCAGCCCUGUACAAGGCCUUUAUCAGAGAGUAUCAUCAGUUAAAUCACCUUCAAGAAGCACCAGAGACUCCAGAACCCUCCCCAGCCUAUUAUCUACCGCACCACGGGGUUCUGAGAGACGAUGCCAUCACCACGAAACUACGAGUCGUAUUUAACGGCUCCAGCGCGAGCUCAACAGGAAUCUCAUUGAACGACAUUCUCUAUUCUGGAGGAAAACUGCAAGUGGAUGCAGUCAACGUCCUCACAUGGGUGAGGAAACAUCAGUUCGUUUUUGGGACAGACAUCGUGAAGAUGUUUCGCCAAAUUCGGGUUCAUCAAGACGAUUGGGAUCUGCAACGAAUUUUGUGGCUCAACGAAGACAAUGAAGAGAUCACCUAUCAACUGACCACAGUCACCUAUGGGCUCAACUGUUCACCAUGGAUAUCACUAAGAGUCCUUCAACAACUGGUGGAGGAUGAAGGUCACCGCUUCCCAGCAGCAGUAGAGACACUCAGAAAAGGUCGCUACGUAGACGAUAUCUACGGCGGUGCCGACUCCAUCGAUCAACUAAAAGAAAUCGCUACUCAACUACAAGGACUUUGCGAAGCCGGUGGCUUCCCACUCCAAAAAUGGAGCAGCAACUCACCAGAAGCUCUUCAACAAUUAGGCCUCUCACCACAGAACUCAACAGUGCAUUUCGAAGAAGCAAUCACCAAGGUCUUAGGCCUUUGCUGGCAGCAGUCAACCGAUACAUUCAAAUACAAGGCCAAGAACUUCACCUCAAAGACGUUCACCAAGAGAUCAGUGCUAUCAGAGAUCGCCCAAAUCUUUGAUCCACUGGGAUUCAUCGCUCCAGUUGUCAUCCUUGGCAAAAUCUUCAUCCAAAGUCUAUGGAGAUUGAAACUUAAAUGGGAUGAUCCAUUGCCGACGGACUACGUACGACAAUGGAGGAAAUUUCGAGCGGAAAUCAACGAGCUAGAUAAGAUCUCAAUCCCGAGAUGGCUCAGACUGUCAACAGAAUCGAUCAACAUACAACUCCACGGGUUCGCCGAUGCAUCCAAAUCGGCAAUGAGCGCAGUAGUCUACAUCAGAUCAAAGAAACUCAACGAACCGACCUCAACAAUCAUCGUAUGUGCAAAAACGAGGGUGGCACCACUCAAGGAAAUGACCAUCCCUCGCCUCGAACUCACCGCUGCACUACUGCUCACCCGCCUUGCAAAGACAACUCACCAAAUGCUAGAACUCAACAACGUGGAAACUCACCUCUGGUCAGACUCAUCUGUUGCUCUGGCGUGGAUAAGCAGUCAUCCCUCACGCUGGAAGGAAUUUGUCCACAACAGAGUAGCAGAAAUCCAAAAGACAUUGCCAGAAGCAACAUGGAGGCACAUCAGUGGAAAGGAAAAUCCAGCAGAUUGUGCCUCAAGGGGGAUCUCAACAAAUCAACUCAUCGAACAUCCACUCUGGUGGUCAGGACCUGACUGGCUUAAUCUAGAGCCAGACCAGUGGCCACAAUCAACAAUAGACGUCCCUGCAGAGGUCUCAAUGGAAGCGAAACCAUCACCAGCUCAUCCAGUCGCAGCUGAGGUCAACGUCAACGCACUAGCAGAGUUGCUAGACAGAUACUCAGCACUAUCAAAGGUGCUGCAAGUGUCAGCGACCAUCAACAGGGCAAUCAAUAGGUUCAGAAGGCAACCAACACCCCAGACACCAGUCCUCACACCUGACGAACUCAACAAGGCUCGGCUAUUCUGGGUAAAACUAACACAAAAACAAUUCUUUGCUUCAGCAAUAAGGACCCUCAGGAGAGACCAUCAACUGCCAACGGGACAUCAACUAGCCAAGAUGACCCCAUUCCUAGACGAGCUAGGAAUCAUGAGAGUCGGAGGACGACUCAGAAACGCUCAACUAGACGCUGACGAGAUGCACCCCAUCAUACUGCCUCGCCAGUCGCGACUCACCACACUGGUCAUCAACGAAGCUCACCAACGAGCACUCCACGGAGGAACUCAACUCACGUUGGCAAUCACCCGCCAAAAAUACUGGAUAAUUGGCGGCAGAGGCACUGUUCGAUCCCACAUCCUACACUGUGUCAUCUGCACCAGAUAUCGGGCUCAACGAGCCCAACAGCUGAUGGGACAACUUCCCACAGCAAGAGUAUCACCAUCAAGAGCAUUCCUCCACACAGGGGUGGAUUAUGCUGGUCCAAUGCCCAUACUUAAGUGGAGACCAACAAAUGCUCAACCAGCCGCGGUGCACAUCGCAGUCUUCGUCUGCCUGAGCACAUCAGCAGUGCACCUGGAGCUGGUCACGCGUCAAAGCACAGACGCAUUCAUCGCAGCAUUCAAGAGAUUCACCGGGAGAAGAGGAAUCCCCCAAGUGAUGUAUAGUGACAACGGAAGCAACUUUGAAGGAGCUGCUGGAGUCCUACAUCGAUUAUACAACGAGGAAUCACCAGAGAAUCAACAAAUCCAAGCUGCACUUGCCACAAAUGGAACUCGCUGGAGCUUCAUCCCACCACGAGCACCCCAUUUUGGUGGCAAAUGGGAAGCAGCGGUGAAAUCAACGAAAUAUCACCUGAAACGUACGCUGGGAACAACGACACUCACCUAUGAAGAGCUCAACACCAUCUUGAUCCAGAUCGAGGCCUGCCUAAACUCCAGGCCGAUCUCACCAAUGUCUGAUGACCCAGACGACCUUCAAUCGCUCACCCCAGGACACUUCCUGAUAGGUGAGCCACUUCAACUGAUCCCAGAGCCAUCCUACUUGGAUGACAAUCCAUCCAAGAUGCAUCGGUGGAACGUAAUCACCCAGAAAAUUCAACAAUUCUGGUCAAGAUGGUCAAAAGAAUGUCUUCAACGAUACCUGGCCAUCUACAAGUGGAAUCAACGCCAGGAAAAUAUCAAGGUUGGAGACAUGGUGCUAGUGGUGAACGAAAACUUUCCACCAGCAAGGUGGCCACUAGCACGAGUCACCGCAGUUCACCCGGGAGACGACGGACUCACCAGAGUAGCGACUGUCAAGACAGCCUACUCAGAAGUAGCUAGGCACGCGGACGGUACGCCUAAUCCAGAGAGGUACCAAACACGAGUCAGCACCUGGGAUCGACCCAUCACCAAACUCUGCCUGCUACCAACAGAACAACUGCAAGAAGAUCAACAAGAACUUCAAGGGGACUCCCAGGAAUCACAGGACUGAGAGAUAUCAUCAAACAAGAACUCAACCCACCAGAAAUCAACUCAGAAACUCGACAGUCAAUCAACAGAAUAAAUUCACCACCUCCGAUUGUGAAUUGCCCCCGGGAUGUUUAGAAUUAAGAUAAUCUCGGGCAGUUUCAACGGAAAAUAAUUAUCGGAAAACUCCGGCAAUGAUCGUAACCUGUCGGUCAACGGUCACCAGCCGAAGUCUAUCACUCAUCUUUGAAAAAUCACCCCACUCACCUAGAGUCUAUCAUCGACCUUCACCGCAGAAGGUUCGCUAUCGAAACUCACCGCGAAAUCAACUAAAUUGUACAUCAACAUAAUUUAACCGUACAUCACCUAAUCAACUUGUAAAGACUGUAAUAACCCGCAUUGAAAUUGACCACGCGUUUUAAUAAAUUAACAAAUCGUUGUGUGUGAUAA